AUGGAAGGCCUGAUUCCGUUGGUGUACCGAGCCAUCGUGGAGUACAGGAAGGCGAGGCAUCAGGUCGCCGUUGGAAGCCGCCUGCUGUACGGCGACCAGCACCAGCCGUGUGCUUCGUCGGCGCUCUUCUGCGUCGACCCUGCAGGAAGAAGCAGCAGCUGGCACGCCGCGUCGUCGUCGCUGUCCCCGGCCACGUCGCCGGCGGGGGCCAGGGCCAGCAGCAGUCUGGCGUCGCCGCUCCUCCGCUCGGCGUCCCGCCGCCAGUUCGCAGGUUAG